AUGGACGGCCAUACGGACGUCGAGAGCUCGGCGAAUGCUGAUAACCACGGUUUGCUAAGCAUGUCACUCAAGCGUAGGAUAGCUGAAAGAAAGGCGAAAGGCGUAAUGUUGGAUGCCUCCACGUCGUUUGAAGGACGAGUCCGAAAGACCUCCCUUUUACGCCGGCCAUCACCUCCUCGUCGCAUACAGUCUCCAGGAGACACCUAUACUAAUAAACCAAACGAAGAUCUACUUGCAUCAGCCCUUCUGCUUUCUCAGCGCGACUUGGAACCUCUUGUACAGAACUUUUUAAACACGUCAAACUGCAUUGAAUGGCUUCCAAUGGACUCACACACGCUGUUGAGAAAGUACGCUGGAGUCACUGUUUCCAUAACGCCAACAUUGAUAAUUAUGAUCGAAAAAUUCUUCAUCACAUCUUGCAGCCUAAUAGAAUUCACGCCGACGCUUGCAAUGGCGCAUUACAAUUGGAAAAAUGUUCAAUCUUUGGAAAGGACGCUGAGAGCCCUUGAGUCCAGGGACGGGGAACCAUAUCUCCAAUUGGAUAUUGCACUGGUGGGCUCCGGAAAGAGAGUAGCUGUCACCAGAGUGUUAUCCAAAAGCACUUGUCCGGCUACUCUAUAUCCGCCGUCUACAAGGCAUAGGCAGUUGGAGGUGGACUGGGUCCAUGAAGUAUUCGUUUCGCUGCAUCCGGAACCACCUGGCAUAGAGUCCAUCAAAGAACUGCUCGCCACACCCAGUUUCAAGGGAACAGCGAAUGGGAAAAUUUGGAAUGAGCUCCACAAUCUGAUACAUCGACCGACAGCGAAGCAGAACUUGAUCCAAGAAAAGUUUAAGAACAGAGAGGACGUAGAGUUCAAAGAAUUUUGUGAAUGGGGCUUAAGGACUGAUUGUAAUAAACAUCAACAUAGUACGCCAUGUCCAAAGUUGCACUUUCGGCGGAUCAUUAAGCCUCAAACAGAUGUCAGUUUAGGUGACUGCUCAUAUCUAAACACCUGCCACAGAUUGGAUCAAUGCAAAUAUGUACAUUAUGAGCUGGAUGAAGUCAAUGUGACGAUCGACAUUGAUCGACCACUACCAGUACUCCAGAUUGGAAAUCCUCUGCCCGCCCAGUGGAUAUCGUGUGAUGUUCGGAAAUUCGAUUUAAGCAUUCUUGGGAAAUUUACGGUCAUAAUGGCGGAUCCUCCUUGGGAUAUCCAUAUGAACCUGCCAUACGGCACGAUGACUGACGAUGAGAUGAAAGAGAUGCCUAUACAGGACCUCCAAGAUGAAGGAUUCUUGUUUCUCUGGGUGACUGGGAGAGCAAUGGAGUUAGGCCGCGACUGCAUGGCGAUCUGGGGAUACACUCGGAUUGACGAACUCAUUUGGGUCAAAACUAUGCAGCUACAGAAAUUGAUCCGCACGGGACGAACUGGUCAUUGGCUCAAUCAUAGCAAGGAGCAUUGCCUAGUGGGCGUCAAAGGUGGUUGUCACCUCCAGACGGGUGGGAUUGAUGGGGAUGUUCUAGUGGCUGAAGUGAGAGAGACGAGUCGCAAGCCCGACGAAAUAUACAGCCUCAUCGAUCGGUUAUGUCCCGGCACUCGCAAGCUUGAAAUAUUUGGCAGGCCCCAUAAUACAAGGGACGGAUGGAUGACACUGGGCAACCAAUUGGAUGGGGUGCGCAUCUGUGAAAAGGCUGUGCUGGAGCGGUAUAACAAACUCUAUCCUGCAACACCGGCGACCCUAUUUGUAGACAGGAUGUCUUGA